AUGCCGCCCAAGAGGAAACGCAUCGAGCAGCAUCCAACUCCUCCUCCGCCGCCGCCGCCGCCGCCAGAGCGUCUCAGGAGGAGCAGCAGGCGAACCAAGGAAGACGAUGCUGCCAGUCGGAAUCGUAGCCCGCGAGGCGGAGUGUUAUGUUCCAGGGAGGCAGUGGAGCGCGCCAUGCACACGCUCUCGGAAAUGGAGCACCGGCUCCUGGAAGACGCGAAAAAACAGCGCUUGGCUAUCGAGUCCUCGGAUCUGUGGGACGUGACGGCAAAGGAGGUAGCAAAACAAGAUGAAAAGCAAGUUGCAAAGCAAAAUGCAAGGCCGGAAGCAAGGCAGGGAUUCAGGCGAGAAGCAAAGCUGGAAGCAACGCAAGAUGCAGAGGAGGCUGCAGCUGCAAGGAUUGUCAUGUUGAAUUCCUCCAAGAAGCGCCCCCCUCUUCGCAAUGGCACCAACGGAUCAUCCAUGAGCGUGAAAACGGUCGAAGCUGAGCCUGACAGCCAAGCUGAUGCUGACCUGUUGGAUGACGAGGUAGGUGAUCGCGGGCCCCGACGCCCGCCACCACUGAAUAGUAACAUAUUGCCAUUGCCAUGGGCAGGGCGACUCGGUUAUGCAUGUUUAAACACGUACCUUCGCAAUGCCAAUCCUCCCGUUUUCUCGUCGAGAACUUGUCGCAUAAGCUCCAUUCUUGACCAUCGCUAUCCUUUGCAAGAUCCCACACAGCCUGAGCAUCCGACCAAAAACCGGCGCGACAAAACCAAGGAGCCCGAUGUGGAAAGAGGUCUGAAAUAUGUCCAAGACCUUGGCCUGGCCAACGCCCGAGACAUUGAGAAAAUGAUUCGAUGGAACGAGAGGUAUGGCAUCAAGUUUAUGAGGUUGAGUAGCGAGAUGUUCCCAUUUGCCAGCCACGAGGAGUACGGGUACAAUCUAGCCUUCGCGGCCGAGGUGUUGGCUAGGGCGGGAAAGGUUGCCACGGAGUUGAACCACAGAUUGACAACGCACCCAGGGCAGUUCACCCAGAUUGGAAGUCCCAGAAGGGAGGUGGUGGCUGCGUCUAUACGUGACUUGGAGUAUCACGACGAGAUGCUCUCGCGCCUGUGUCUCUCUGAACAGUUGGACCGCGACGCCGUCAUGAUUCUUCACAUGGGUGGGACUUACGGCGACAAAGAAGCAACCCUGGAUCGAUUCCGGGAGAACUACAGGAACCUCUCAGCGGGGGUCAGGAAGAGACUGGUUUUGGAAAACGACGACGUGUCCUGGAGCGUGCACGAUCUGCUCCCCAUCUGCGAGGAGCUCGACAUACCGUUGGUUCUGGACUUUCAUCACCACAACAUCGUGUUUGAUUCCAGCAUGCGAGAAGGCACCCUGGACAUUAUGAGCUUGUACGACCGGAUCAAGGCGACGUGGACCAGGAAAAACAUAACGCAGAAGAUGCACUACAGUGAGCCGACGCCCUCGGCCAUCACACCUCGCGACCGACGGAAACACUCUCCUCGUGUGAAGACUCUGCCGCCAUGCCCUGCCGACAUGGAUCUCAUGAUUGAAGCCAAAGACAAGGAGCAAGCUGUGUUCGACCUCAUGCGCAACUUCAAACUUCGCGGCUGGCAGUUGUUCAACAACAUCAUCCCGUACGAGCGGGACGACCAGCCCAGAAAGGCGGUGAAGAAGAAGAAGAAGAAGAAGGCGAGGAAAGGCGUCAGAACCAGGACCGGAGAGGACGGGAGCCUUGCAGAGGAAGAAAUUGAAACUCCGGAGCAGGUUGUCGCCCCGGAAGAUGUCAGCAUGGGCGGCGCUGAGGGGAGGGUUUACUGGCCAGAGGGGAUGGAAGAGUGGUUGAAGCCAAAGAAGAGAGACGUGGCCAAGAAAUGCAUCAAGAUUGACGAGGAGUAG